CUAUCCAGCCUGACAGAGCGUAUCGACCUAAUUAAACCGACGUUCGCUGAUCAGCACAAUCCAGUUUUCAGAGGUCGGUUAAUCGAGAGGUCAAUAACAGCGCUAUCAAUAUUCAGCGCUAGAUUGUUCUUCAGAGUUAUUUUCGCGACGACUAGGUGUCAACAGAACAUCUCAAAAUGAACUCUACAGCCACAUUCAAUUCUACAGCUGCAUUCAAUUCUACAGCCAACGAUUCAGUCGCCCAGAGUGUUUAUCCUUACAUCGCUGAGCCAUUGCUCUCAACUUUUUUCCGUCUUUUUGUAUUCGUGCUUAUCACGCUGGCGAGUGUUGUAGGAAACGCUGUGGUCUGCAGAGCCAUGUUCUUGUUGUCUUACCAUCAACUGCCUUUCUCUUACUAUCUGGUCACCAAUCUGGCUGCCGCGGAAAUGAUCAGUUCGCUGUGUUUUCCAUUCUACUUUGUCUACGAUUGGAUGCAAGCGUGGCCUUUCGGUGAAGCUGCAUGCAAACUGGUGUUUCCGGUGCAAAUGACGGCCACGUUAGUGGUGACUUACACUCUGGCUUUGAUCGCAGCACGAAGGUACCGAGUAAUUGUGACAUAUCGCGGUCAAUUAGGGCCACUACCAAAGAGAAAAAUGUUUGUAGUGUUGAGUCUGUUGUGGAGCGCAGCCUUGACAGUUGUCGCACCAUCUGCUGUCGUGCAUAGUGUUACUAAGUAUGGAACAAGUCACUUUUGUGUAGCUUUGUUCCCAGGCGAUACAACUAUCCAUGCACCAACGCACACCCGUUACUCGAUUGUUCGUCUCUUUCUAAGCUAUAUUGUUCCAUAUCUCAUAAUCGUCAUAUCGUACGGUGCUGUUGCUCUGAGACUGAAGAGACACAUGGCAAGGGCUACUGCUGCGCGCAAAAGUGAUUCCACAGAGGACGGAACACAGCUACAAACAGAUGAACACGUGUGUAUCCAUCUUCAAAGACUGGAAAUUGUUCAUAAAUCGUCGCAAAAGAACGGAUCCGAGGGUAACGCGAAAUAUCUAAUCGCGAAAAUUACGAAUGGAUGCUGUUGGAGACAAGGUUCCUUGGAUGAUCGCGGUUCUCGAGGCCAAACAUCGAAGAGAGCGAAACAUUCGCAACAUACAGAUGCAAACGUGACAGAUCUAGAGCUGGAUAUCCUAAGAAUGAUAUACGUGAUCAUUAUAAUUUUUAUCAUUUGCUACAUUCCGAUCCAAGUUUCGUUUAUCUACGAGCAAGUAAACGGCGGGCCAUCAACUUGGCCUUAUUACCCAAUCGUCAGGAGAUACAUGUUUUUAUUGCAUUGUCUUCCAGGCGCGUUCCAUCCCAUUUUGUACGGCACCAUGAGCAAGUUUUAUGCGAAUGCGUUUGCAAAAGUAGUGAUGUGUAAGAAAUAGUUGACUUGCGAUUGUUAAAGCAUUUUUUUGAACGUUCAAACCUUCAUUUCCCGUUAGAUCUUACGACUACAGCAUAAAUCACGACAGGGUAAUUAGUAAUUCUCCUGACCUCGCUUGGGUUCGAUUUCCUAAAUCCGGAAAUCUUAACUAAAUGCCUGGCGUGUAUAACAUGAUUAACUGUCAUUGCGAGAUUCCCGAUUCCGGCUUCCCACGCCUUGACAAAGAACCAAAGAAAAAAUUGCUAAAAUUGGUAUACUUAUUCAAAGCCUCAUUGUCCUCUUCGAUUUUUUUUUCCUAUUAAUAGAGAAGCAUAUGUAACCUCCAUUAGUAGUUGAAGGAAUUAUUGGCCGUUCGACUGACCGGGCGCAAUUGAUUCAGACAGCCAUCCGUGGGCGAAAAUAUUGCGCCAGCUGCUUUCCUUUAUCGCGCGUAUCGCACGCAUCGCGCGUAUUCUCGCUACGUGGCUUCGCAUCAAGUGAACGUUCUAAAGCAAAUAUAAAACAACAGGAGGGACGCGAUUAAUUGAAGUAACGAAAUAACAAAUGACCAGAAAAGGUUCGUUAAGCAUAAAGUUAAAGCAGUAGUGAUUUAUUUAGGCGUCCAUUGUAACGUAUUUAAUAUCACAUGUAAAAAAGCAAGCCGAGGCUAUUAAAAAUGAAUUUAGUU